AUGUUUAAUGAAGCAUUGCAUGAUUUUCUUUCCCAGUUCCAAGAACUACGACGCUUGAGCGGAUGCUAUGAACCUGCCACCGUGAAUAUCCUGGCAAGCGCCGCAAGAUUGCAGCUGGAGAUUCUCCACCGUUCCGAGCCAUCAUUUGUUCCUGUCGACCUUUCGAGCGAGAUGACGGUUAUUGCGCUGGCCCUUCACCUACUUCUUGUUGUACGGGAUUUCAAUUUUAUGGAUGACUCUACAUUCCGCUGCACCGAGGAGGAAAUAUUUGCAGAAGGCUCUCUGGUCACCAUAAUUGGUGGCUAUGAGAUCGGCACGCUUGUUCCUUCUGUGCGGAUACACAAGAAAAAUGAGCAAGAAUGGACAGAUAUAUGCCUGGCCGAGACAAGUCAAAAGCCGAGCAAUAGUCUCGAUGCCAGUCCGAGUGUGAUGAUGGAGUAUAUCAUUCAGUCGUCGUUUCGGCUCUUAGAUGCUCAUGAUCCCCGCCAUUGGCCGACGGUACUGUUUGUACUUUUGAUCCUUUAUCUCUGCUUGCUUGACAUGUUACCAGAUACCCCCUGGAUGUCAGCACUCGAAGACGCAUCUGAGCCGGUAUUGCCCUUUCUCAAAGACCUUGUCCGAUAUUACUAUAUUUCCACAGACGGUGGGGUGUUAAUGAGCGACUCCUGGGCUGAAGAGGAUUUUGCGGCUCGAGUUGGUCAUCAUGAAGAAACUAUCAAAUACGCUCGCAUGUUGAAUGAGCUCUGGCUCGAAACAGGUAGAUUGCAGCUCACGGUUCAACAGUCUCAUGCUAACGACUACAGAUCGCGGAGAUUGGGCUAG